AUGUCCCUCAGCAAGAAACGGAAGUCGCCUGCGUGCUCGAGUGAUGGUCACUUGGCGGUUAACAACUUGCAGUCCCCCGAGCGGCCUGACGUUUCUGGUCUUCUCCAGAAGGGUAUCGAUGACAUCCGGGCCUUGGUUUUUUGUGGGAUAUGUGUCAGACCGCUCUACGAGCCGUUUACUUUAGGAUGCGGGCAUACCUUUUGCUACAGUUGCCUUACCCAGUGGUUUGUUAGCCAUGAGCGCAAAAAGACGUGUCCCGACUGUCGGGCUGCGGUACGCUCGGAACCUGCACCCGCUUACAUGCGCGCCGAAACGGAGAGAAUAGAGUCCGACAAAAAUGGUGAAAACUCGAAAUCUAGAGGCUUAUUUCAAGGGUGUUUCCGGAACGCCAUACUCGGCGGGUUACCGAUACGCGACAUUGCUGACGGAGUCGAACGUUGUCCCGUAUGUACUUGGGAGUUGGAAGACGGGGAUUGCAUCCAUUGUGGAUACGUAUCCAUGGGGGACAAUUUCACGGAAGAUGGCGAUUAUUAUUCCGAUGACGAUUCAGAUAUGCUCGAGGUGCUUGAAGGGGCCGCAUGGGCGGCCCGAUUUGACCCCGAAAACAUGUUAAGCGUGGAUCACUUUAAUAGCAUGGAUUCUUAUGGUCCCUACACAUCCAGUGACGAAGAUAACGACGGAGAAGCAGGCUCGGAUGACAUGGAUUCCUUCAUUGAUGACGACGUAGAGGAGGAUCAUGGCGAGGACUCCGAAGCUGCUACUUCAACGGUCGUGGGAAACGGCAGCUAUUUGACCGAGAACUCAAAUCAGUCAGUCAGAACUGACCAGAGUGUCCCUAGUGAAAUUGGCGAUAGUAUGUCUGAAGGCGUGAGCGAGCAUCCCUUUGCCGAUCUCGAUCUGUUCCGGCAACCCGAAGUUAUCGAGCUUGAUGAUGAUAACGAUGACGAUGAUGACGAACCCAUUAGGCCAGCGACAAUGGCGACCCGACGAAGACGCCUGCGGUCAUCCUCCAGCACUGGGAUCUCCCUUGACAGCGUAUCAACGUCACGGGUAAGCCCUACACCUUCAGCAAACGACAGUUCUUCCGAAGGCCCUCAUGGCCCCGUGAGGAGGAGACAAAGAACACAAAACUUUCCGGGCCAUUUUUUGUCUGAUACAGAGAGUGACAACUCGGGGUCAGAUACGGAAAGUUGUUGA